CCGACUGGCUUCUCGUUGGCAUCCCGAGUGGCAACGUUUUGCCCGAAUACCUGCCAACUUACGGGCACGUCAAAAUGUCGGUGCCGGCGCGGGGGAGAAUAUUUAUAUAAAUAUAUAUAUAUAUAUAUUUUUUUUUGCCUUUUGGGCUAAUCGAGCCUCUUCGCCUCGCCGGAACUGGAGCCCGAAGAAAUUACGAUGCCAUCGCCGAUGGAGGGACCGUCCAGAGAGGGGGACCUCUUCACGGUGAAACAUGAGCUCAAGAACGCCAACCUGACCGGCCACGUGGAGAGGGUGGGAAUAGAAAACUUUGAGCUUCUGAAGGUGCUCGGCACCGGAGCGUACGGCAAGGUCUUCCUGGUGAGGAAGGUGAGCGGCCACGACGCCGGCAAGCUGUACGCCAUGAAGGUCCUGAAGAAGGCCACCAUCGUGCAGAAGGCCAAGACGGCGGAGCACACGCGCAGCGAGCGGCAAGUGCUGGAGCACAUCCGCCAGUCGCCGUACCUCGUCACGCUCCACUACGCCUUCCAGACCGAUACCAAGCUGCACCUCAUUCUCGAUUACGUCAACGGCGGCGAGCUCUUCACGCACUUGGUGCAGCGGGUGCGCUUCAAGGAGCAGGAAGUGGCGCUGUACAGCGGCGAGAUCGUGCUGGCGCUGGAGCAUCUCAACAAGCUCGGGAUCGUCUACCGCGACUUGAAGCUGGAAAACAUUUUGCUGGAUUGCAACGGUCACAUCGUCCUCACAGACUUUGGCCUCAGUAAAGAAUUUGACCAGGUGGAUCGAGCGUUUUCCGUGUGCGGAACCAUCGAGUACAUGGCUCCCGAGAUCGUGGAAGGAGGCGAGUCCGGACACGACAAGGCGGUGGACUGGUGGAGCCUGGGCGUUCUCAUGUACGAGCUCCUGACCGGCGGCUCGCCCUUCACCAUCGACGGCGACGAGAACUCGCACACGGACAUCGCCAGGAGGAUUCUUAAAAAAGAUCCUCCUUUCCCCAAAGACAUGGCGCCGCUGGCCAAAGACAUCAUCCAGCGACUGCUCACCAAAGACCCCAAGAAGAGGCUCGGCUCGGGUCCAAACGGCGUGGACAAUGUCAAGAAGCACCCGUUUUACCAGAAGAUCAACUGGGAGGACCUGGCAGCCAAAAAGGUGCCCGCCCCGUUCAAACCGGUCAUCCGGGACGAGCUGGACGUCAGCAACUUUGCGGAGGAGUUCACGGAGAUGGAUCCCACCUACUCGCCCGCCGCUCUGCCUCAGAACUGUGACCGCAUCUUUCAGGGCUACUCCUUCAUGGCCCCCUCCAUCCUGUUCAAGAGGAACGCGGUGAUGGACGACCCCGUCCAGCUGUGCGGCGGCUCCGAGCGGCCCGGCUCGGUGGCGGUGGCCCGGAGCGCGAUGAUGAAGGACUCGCCUUUCUACGCGAGUUACGAGAUGGACCUGAAGGACUGCGCUCUGGGCGAGGGCAGCUUCUCCAUCUGCCGGCGCUGCACGCACAAGAAAACGGGCCAGAAAUAUGCCGUCAAGAUCGUCAGCAAGCGAAUGGAGGCGCAGACUCAGCGGGAAAUUGCCGCUCUCAAGGUCUGCGACGGCCACCCAAACAUUGUCAAGUUGCACGAAAUUUACCACGACCAGCUCCACACGUAUUUGGUCCUGGAGCUGCUCGGCGGAGGAGAGCUGCUGGAGCGCAUCCGCCGGAAGCGGCACUUCAGCGAGACGGAGGCCAGUCGCAUCAUGCGCAAGCUGGUGUCGGCGGUCAGCCACAUGCACGACGUGGGCGUGGUGCAUCGGGAUCUGAAACCGGAGAACCUGCUCUUCACCGAUGAGAGCGAGAGCUCCGAGAUCAAAAUCAUCGACUUUGGCUUCGCCCGCCUCAAGCCGCCAGACAAUCAGCUGCUGAAGACCCCCUGCUUCACUCUGCAGUACGCCGCGCCCGAGAUUCUCAAGUACGACGGCUACGAUGAAUCAUGCGAUCUGUGGAGUCUGGGCGUCAUUCUGUACACCAUGCUGUCCGGCCAGGUGCCUUUCCAGUGUCAGGAGCAGAGCGUGACCCACACCAGCGCCGAGGAGAUCAUGAAGAAAAUCAAACAGGGGGAGUUCUCCUUUGAAGGCGACGCCUGGAGAAAUGUGUCGCAGCAGGCCAAAGAUCUCAUCCAAGAGCUGCUGACCGUGGACCCGAGCAAGCGCAUCAAGAUGUGCGGCCUCCGCUACAAUGCCUGGCUCCAGGAUGAGAGCCAGCUGUCUUCCAACCCGCUCAUGACGCCGGACAUCCUGGGCUCAUCCACCGCGUCGGUCCACACUUACGUCAAAGCUACCUUUAACGCGUUCAACAAAUGCAAGCGGGAAGGUUUCCGCCUCCAGACGGUGGACAAGGCGCCGCUGGCCAAGCGGCGGAAGAUGAAGAAAACCAGCACCAGCACGGACACGCGCAGCAGCUCCGGCGAGAGCACCCACUCCUCGUCCUCCUCGUCGCAGUCCCGCGACAAGAACUUUGCCGAGGGCGGCGACGGCGCCCUGCGGCCCGCCGACGGCACGCCGGGCACCACGCCCGUGGGCACGCCCGUCGCGACGGACUCUGAGCAGCAGUGGCCGGCGCCUCCCUCCCUUCACUUUUCCGACGGGAAGUGACCGCCCUUUUUUUUUCCCCACUUUCUUUUGUUUUUUUUUGCAUGGCAAGCAUGCAACAAGGAGCGGCAACCUCAAUAUCAAGCAAAACCUCCACUAGCAAUAGCUCGUUCCAACGCACACGCACACAAUGAAACACAUAAAAAAACCCACGAGAAACUGAAAUGCAGUAUUCUGAAACACUGAAAUAUGCACACAGAGAAACAGCCGAAAAGAUGGAGACAGAAACAUGAAGGCGCGCACAAAAACACAGAAACACAUCCACUGUGUGAAUCAGGGACUGGAAUCGGAAGGAGUUGUCAUGGGCGCAAAACCCCCGCAAGGGCUGCCCUCCUGUCCCAGCUCCCGCCACCUGCAGCUUCUGACCAACCCCGUCCCGGCCUUGCGUGUCGGCCCCCGCCUGCGUUCCCCCCCAGCGGGUUACUGCGAGAGAGGAAACGCGAACGCUCGGCCGCGUCUCCUGCGAGACGGAGCAAGGUAUUUAUACGCCGUUUGUACGCCAGAGUAUUUAUGAUCAGAUGUAUUGUUAACUUAUUUGCCACUCGGAGGGAAGAGCGCGCGUGUGAAUACUGCGAGUCUUUACGAGAAAGUUAUUUUGUGUACGUGCGUGUAAGCUGGAAAAGACUUUUCUAAGAUGAGUUUGUCAUCAGUGGCGGAUUCCUUUUCAUAGAACGCGUCAACGCCAGUUGGCUAACGAGGGCCUCUUGAGGAUAACGUGAGCAUCGUUGGCGCGAGAGUCGAAGCUAUGUCGCCGGAUCCCAAAAGCUGCACUUAAUAUCGUUAAAAUUGUCCCCAGACUGGCUAGACAUGGAUGUAUAUAUUUUUUAAAAUUGUGACUCCGAAAUGCUAAUUUGCGCACAAAAAAAAAAUCUCACUGAUUAACCAUUGGCUAAGCAAAUUAUGUUAUAAAUAUAUUAUAAGACAUUGACUUUUGCAGUUUCUAGCAAAUGUGUUCCAUUUGUUUUCCAAUGUGUCCAAAAUGUGAACUAGAAUGAUAUUUAAACCACAAAUGAAUGCUUAUUCCUCUGUUAUGGGCCUAAAUUAGGAUCAUUUGGGCACAAUUUCUUCAUUUGUGGCCAACAUUGAGCAUUUUUUUCUGGGGCUCCACGCUGAAGCCUUGAUGAUCUCAAAAUAGUCGACGUGCGCUAAACGUCGCAAAGCAGACGACUCGGUCAUCUUUUUGUGCUUGAUUCAUAUCAAAAUUGUGCCAUAAAAAUGAUGGCGGUCGCGCAUAGGGACUUUAAAACAUGCUCGUUCUUCAUGCUUUUAAGCUCCAUCUCAGAAGGUGGCAGUGUUUAUUUUGUUGUUUUUGUUUGUGUAUUUUUAUUUUUUUUAGUUCGUGACAUCAGCACCGAAUCUUGGAAAUGUAGCAUGUCGCACGAGCGACGUACCUCCCCGAGGCGUCAGUUGUCGACUGAAAAAUCCGUUUUGAAAUGUGAAUUUUUAAACGCACAAAAUGAGCCUUUUACAGUUUCAGCUCUUUUACGCCAGUAUAGAUGUGGAAAUUGAUCGCCUGGUGCCGUGGGACCUCGAUUUAACGGGCUUAAGGGGGUGAGGGAUCGUCUGCGCGAUUAAAAUUAUUUUUUCGAGAGGGAGGUUCCACUGAUCGUCAAGCUUGAGCCAGAUCGCAUCGAGCCCGACGGGCUUCCGAGUUGUUAGCGGGGUGAAAAUGUUUGAGUUUCCCGUCUGGUGAGGUUUGAAUCCGGUCCAACUCUCUUGAUGAGACAACAUCCUAAACUGAAAAGAAAAGCGUUCAUUCGGUCUCGUCCGUUUAAAUCCCCAACGAAUUGAAGUCGAUUGGUCAGUUUCAAGCUCGCCGAAACGUUUUGGGACCGUAACUUCCGAGCCCGUCUCUUUCCCAGCUCGUGGAUUGUUUGGAGGAUUUUAGUCAACCUGCAAACUCGUCUCCAAGUGGUCCCGGUUCUCGUUUGCGAUGGCUUCGUUUUUCUCGGAGGAAGACGCUUGCGUGCUGACGCCAAAUCGCCGGUUUUAGCGUUUUAGAAGCGAUGCAUGCGACCCGCACGCCGGCCAUCGUGUCUGUCGUCUCCGUGUUCCGUGGUUGUGUUCCCCGGUUUAUUUUGUUUCGGCGGGAGCGCCCCCCACCCCCUCCCCGUCUUCCAUUCGGAUGCACUCAGUCGGAAACCAAAGUGCGAUACGACCGCUGACAAUAACCUCGAGGUCGCUGCGCCGCAUCUCUCGUGCAAAUUAUGCAAAACCGCUUUUGUUUUGUCUCACUGCGCCAAUCUUUAUCUUUUUGUUUUGAACUAUGCAUCCCCCUCCCCACACACCCUUUUUUUUUUUUUCGGACCUCGCUUUCGUCCCGCCGGCGAGCUGUCGCCGAUCUCACCGCGCAAGCCCCGACCAAAGUUGGCACUCGCACCGUAUCCGUCGCCCACAAAGGGAACGCGAAAAGCGGCAACGGCGGAUUCCUCGCAACGGCGGCGGCGCUGCAACGCUCUCGUCUAACUUGGCGGUCCCUCCCCACCCGCCCUCCAUCCUUUUGUUUGGGUGUAUUAAUAGCUCAAGUGGCGCAAAGAGGAAGAGUGAGGAAGAGUGUCCUACAUUGAAGCCCCCCCACUCCGGGAGCCAGGCUCCAUUAGAUGAUGUGUGUGCCCCACUUGUGUUUGUUCGAAAGCAAACACGAGCCUCUUCCAUCAUUCCAUCCAUCCAGCAGCACGUCCCCAGAAAGAAGCUCGCUUGAAAUUAUACCCACCCCAAGGACCCCCCCCACCCUUAUAGACCCUUUGAUGUAGCCUUGAAUGAGCCAGCGCGAUCGUUCCUCCGCACGAGGACAUUUCUCGACAUUUCCCUGGCGGGCUAAAUUGUGGGUGUUUUUUCCCAAAUAUUUUUUCAGACUCCGCACCGAGCAGGCUAAUUGUUGGCCCGAGAGUAACGACAAUGUUUACGACAGACAUAUACGACAUUAUGCUGAAAAAUCAAAGGCUCACGGAUGAUCGGAUGUCGGGAGGGGGGGAGAAAAAUUCACCAAUCGAUUUUGUGAUUUCAUUCUGUUUUUUUAUAACUCUCAUUUUUUAAUAUACUUUCAGUGGAUAUACACACAAACUGUUCAAAUCACAUUUUUGAUCAUGAUUUAAUCAUGGGGGGCACGGUGUGUCAGCUAGAAAGCGGUUCUGAGGUGCCGGGCUCGAUCCCGGCCCCGCCUACGUGGCUUUUCUCCGGGUGGGCACUCCGGUUUCCUCCCACAUCCCAAAAACAUAAUUCGUUGACCACUCGAAAUUGCCCCGAGGUGUGAUUGUGAGUGGGAUUGGCUGUUUGUCUCCAUGUGCCCUGCGAUUGGCUAGUGACCAGUUCAGAGUGUGCCCCGCCUCCUGCCCGAUGACAGCUGGGUUAGGCACUCCCCGCGACCCUCGUGAGGAUAAGUGUCUAAGAAAAUGGAUGGAUGAUUGAUUUAAUAAUGAUUAAAGAUGAAUCGGUUACAAACUUUUAAAUUAUUUUAACUAUAACUUUUUAAUUUAGAAAAAUCAUUUGGUGAGGACAGGUAAAAAUAAACAACUGACUGACUUAAGCCUCAAACAUUUAUUAAUAUUCCAGGCAGCGUUUCAAGUGAUAUUUUCAACAUUCUUGUGAAGCACAAGAACCCGUGAUGCAAAAUUGGCCGCAUCACAUUGUUGGGCUUCAUAAAUAUUGCAGCAAACUUAUGUCACGGAUGGACGUCACGCGCCUCGAAUCAAGUUGAAACAUGACAUUUUCACGCUUUGAGCAAAAAAAAAAAAAAAAAAAAAAAAGCUCCGUAAAAUGUAUAAUUUGCCCUCAAUCCAUUCAGAUUUCUUUUCCGAAAAGCUGUGAAAAUCACAAACAUUUCACUCCCGCCGCAAGUAGGCCACUUGUCAGCAUGUGGUGGCUUUUUUUUUUAGGGUGGGGGGUGUCGCAUCUAUAAAGAACACCUGGAAACGUCUCGACACCAAACAGCUUGCAGGAAACUCGUAAAAAAAAAAGAAAGAAAAUCGAGUUCUUGAAGCCCCAUGACUGCAUCGGGUCCACUUCACAAUCACUUCUCAUUUUAUUAUUAUUUUUUUUAAUUAAAGUGAUAUUUUUCCUCAAUGGUACAGGCUGUGAAGUAGCAUUUGAACCUUUUUAAAUGUCGUACAUAUUAAAAAAAAUAAAAUAAAAAUAACCAUGGUGGAGUCUAAUCAAACCCGUUCGUUUUUUUUUGGAUCCACGCUUUUCAAUUUAAUUUCAUAAAUCAUUUCAUCAAAAUUAAAUGUGUGAAGAUUUGAAAACUUGCAAAAUACAGUGCAAUAGGCAAGGAUAUUAAUUAUUGCAAACAUUUAAAAGAAAUACCAAAAGGUAGAGGAAAACUUGCUGGAUUAUGAGAAAAAAUUAAAUAGAGAGAAAGAGCAGAUUAAAAACCAGAUGAAUAAUCCACAGUCAUGAUCACGCUUCCACAUUUUUGAUCCCCCCCCUCCACAAAAUUAGACAAGAAAAUUAUACUAAAUAUAUAUCAACAAAAUCUUUCUCAUUUCCCGUGAGACUCGCAGCUGCUUCAUUUUCCAUUUUUUUUUAACUUUUCCACGUCGAUUCCCAAGUGGAACAAAACAAAAAGUACUGUAGCAGUAAAACCCUUUGAGAUGCCGCACUUUGCACUCUAAUAUCUAUUUUUUAAUGUUUAUCAAUUAAUUUGCAUCAACAAGAACCUCUGCAAAGAGUUUUUGCUUCUUUCUUUCUUGAACUUGUCGUCCACUGUGAAUCGUUUUGAGACCUUUAGCUUAACGGGAGGAAAUACAUUUUUCUCCUCUUAAACUAAAUUGUACGUUUAUUUGCUCAUUGUUUGUAAUUUUUUUAAAUGUAUUUUUUUUUUCGUUUGUUUUGUUUAUUGGGGGUCGGGGGGGUGUGUGUUACAAACCUACUUUAAAGAUAAACGGUACCCAGUUGUGUUGUUUUAAGAGGCGGCCGCCAGAUGGCAGCAAAGCACACGCAGAAGGAAUAUGACGCUAUUUAAGUCCCAAAGCUACUGUUUGUUUAUUUGUUUGUUUGUUUAUUUGAAAAAUAGUAACAAAACUACUGUAAUAAUUGUUGACUGAUGAUUUUGUUGUCUGGAGUUGUUUUCUGGCCCCACCGCCCCCCCUCCGACCAUUGUGUGAUGUGCAAAACUAUUUCUAUUUAUUUGAGACCUUGAAGGUCCCCGGGAACUAUUUGUUUGUCACGUCACAAUAAAAAUGGU